AGGUAUAGAACAGAUACUUGACAUGAAAGAAUGGAAAAGAGACAUCAACGCACCCGCCAUCGGCCUCCCAUCGGCCUCAACAGGAUAAGUAUAAUUAUAAUUGGACGCCAAGUUUAGAGUUCUCCUCAGAGAGGAAACAUUCUUCCACAGACAAACGAGGAUGAAGGCUACCGGCAGCAAGAUCAAUAACAUGUGGUCGCCGAAAGCGGCGCGCAAUUUUAGGGAGCCUGCUGUUUCAGCAGUCGAUUUUUUUCAGCGUUCACCUGCCCACCGGCAACUCGUAGCGCGAAGUGUGGACUUCGGAGAACUACCUUCGAGUGGGGACAGCGCGGACGCAGGUUUCGGGGGUAGACAUGCUAGCUCCACAGGUUUUAAUCCGCGUUCUCCCGUACAUCAAGGCUCGGCGAAGAAAACGUUUGGCAACAAUCAGCAGGGUUUGGCCUCUCCUUAUGGACUUCAGUGAUCAUGCAUUGCUAAUGUUAGUCGUAGAAGUAGACAGACCAAUCCGUAAUUCUUUUACUCUGUACUACGCAGUAGACAUCAGAAUACUCCUACUCGCGGUCCGCGCGGGGUCUCUCUACUGCACUGUAUUACGACUGCUCUCCACCGGAAAUGAGGGCCCCACUCCCAUUAUCGUAUGUCAUUCAACAUCCUCAAGUCUUCUUCUAAGCUAUAUCCACGAGCUCACCAAAGAGGUCAUCAUCCUUAAAACCGAUGCGGCAGACGGUGGAUACAACAUUACGCAAGUUGCAUGUCCACACGGCUUGCGUCAAUUUUCUUGAGAAUCAAUUUCAUUGUGAUUUCCCACGCGCAAAGAAUCACAUCCGUUCGGAGUGCAUGAACAUUCGUGGUCGCAUGGAUCAAAUGAUUUUGCAGAAAAGUACUCAGGAGUCCUUUCACGACGAUACUUAGAAGUCUCCAUUAUAAUGUAGGAUUCAUAAGAUUUUUCUUCUUCUAGCUUCUUUUUUGGUAACACGAGCGGAUCCGUUCUUUCUUUCAUAGAGUAGCUUCUAAGAAGAAACUGAAUUAGAAAGUUUAUCAUCUUCCGUUGUACAUGAUCAGAUCUGUUCCAAUUUGCGUGCGUAGAUUCAAAUAAAUGAAAUGAUUUCGAGGUCGCCCGGUGCCGCCGUUGAUCGAGAUACCAGCCAGUGGGAUUUCUCGAACAGCGUCCUUGCCAUCCUUUGUUCAACCGCACAGUCGCUCACGGCGGUUUUCACAACGUUGA